AUGAUGCUAAGUAACUCAUUCAUAAUAUUAUUUAUCACAUUAACAUCAUAUGUAUGUGCGAUAUUAGACGCACCAACAAUAUUAAACAAUGGAAAGGGAGUAUUAUGUAGUCCAAUCCAACUGAAACCAAACAAGCCUUCAAAAUCAUAUAUAAAAUUAAAAACUCAACACCUCAAGUAUGAAGAUAACUUACAAUCUAUUCAAGCACUUAUAUUCCAUUAUCCUGAUAUUGUCAAUUUCACUGCAAUUCCAACUUUAGAAGAAUUUGCCCAAUUGUAUCCUAACGAAAAGAAAGUAUUGUAUAAGACAAUGUUAACUGAUGAUCAUAAGUUCAACGUGAAUGCUGAACUGGGUUAUAAUGUUGAUAAAACUAAAUUUUGGGAAGGUGAAUUAUCUUCUAAAAAUGAUGUAGUUUUUAAAAUUUCACAAUCAGGGAUAUAUUGUGUUUAUAUUGCUCCAAUUUUGGAAAAUGAUCAAAAAGAAAAAUUGGGAGCUGUUGAUUUCAAAGUACCUAUUGUUUUUAAAAAUUAUUAUGGUAAUUUAUCAUAUCCUAUGUAUUUAAUUUAUUCAACUAUAAAGUAUGUUGUUGUAAUUUCCAUUAUAAUGUUCAUUGUUUUAUUUAAUUAUAUAUUGAGGUUUAAAAUUGGUGAAAAUUUUCAAAAUUUGAAUUCUAUUUCGGUUAUUUCCAAAGGAAUUUUAUUUUUGAUUUUGGCUCCGUUUAUUUGUUUGGAUAUUUUUCAAGGAUUUGUAUUUUGGUGUAUCAAUAAUUUUUUAGAGACUGAUUCAAAAUCAUUUAUAAUGUCUACUUUGUUUUUCAUCAAUGAGACUAUUGAUAGCAUUUACUCAAGUUUUAGAAAUUAUGUUGUAUUGUUAUUUGCAAUGGGAUUCGGGGUAAUAUAUUACUACAAUGGCAACUCUAAUAAUUAUAGAUUAUUCCCACAAGAAAGUUUCAGAAAAAUUACUGCAUUCUUAUUCAUAAAUAUUAUUGCAUUAAUUGUCAACAACAUAUUGAAUUAUUUGUUUUUGAGUCAAGAUUAUCAAAUUGUUGGUCUUUUUAGUACUAUGGGAAGUCCAGCUUCUACUACAUCUGGUUUUGAUACAAAUGACAACAAUAAUAAUUUUUUGAUGUUGCUGAAUACCAUAGUGUCAUUAUUUCAAUUAUGUUGGUUUGUUUUGUCAGUUAUAUUUUAUUUCAAAACUAAAAAAACAAUAGCUACUUUCCCAUCAGCAUCAGAUCCUGAUUCGAAUCAAAAAGUAGUAUCAGCAUUUAGGAAAUCAUUUUUUGUAAUAAUGGUUUUACCAAUAAUAACAGCAAUUAUCGGAGGUCUCAUAUCAGGUAUUUUAACGCUUCGAAGUUUCAGUAACGUACCAGAUUUCCCACAAAAUUCAAACAGAGAUUUAGUAUAUCAAAGUGCUUUGAUGAUAAUAAUGUUGGAAAAUUCAUUAGGUAAAUUCAUAAUGCCAAUAGUUUAUUCCACUUUGUUUUAUUAUUUUACAUUGAUUUUGUCUAUAUUUUUCAUAUGGAUUAAGGAUAAUAAUGGUUUAAUAUAUUCUGAAGAUGAUCCUGUUGCUUAUGCCGAUGUAUCUAAUUUUAAUAUUAGUGAUGAUGAUGAUAAUGGACCAACUGAAGAAGAAACACAGGUUGAUAAUGCGCAAGAGGAGCAUCAAGAGGAAGAACCAGUUAGAAUUUAG